AUGAUGCACUCGGGGGUAGACCCCAAGUUCCUGAGGAACAUGCGCUUUGCCAAGAAGCACAACAAGAAGGGCCUGAAGAAGAUGCAGGCCAACAAUGCCAAGGCCAUGACUGUGCGUGCUGAGGCUAUCAAGGCCCUUGUCAAGCCCAAGGAGGUUAAGCCCAAGAUCCCAAAGGGCGGCAGCCACAAGCUCAAUCGACUUGCCUACAUCGCUCACCCCAAGCUCGGGAAAGGUGCUCAUGCCUGCAUUGCCAAAGGUCUCAGGCUCUGCCGGCCAAAGGCCAAGGCCAAGGCUCAAACCAAGGCCCAGGCUGCAGCUGUGACCCCGGCUCCGGCUCCGGCUCCUGCUUCUACUCUUGCAGCGCAGGCUCCCAAAAGUGCCCAGGCCCCCACAAAGGCUCCAGUGUAGAGGCUUCUGCCUGCCAGUGUGAGGACGGAAGGACUGGUAUGACCCCUGGG